UUAUUCGGUGCCAUAGAUCAUCAAUAUUCCAACACCAACCGGAGACGGGAAGGUUUGAUCUGUUCGGAUUGCCUUGCCUACAGUCGCUUAUCACAAGUCACCUCCAGGUAGGCUUCUAGUUCCUUCAUUUUCUCCUUGACUCUUUCAUCCCACCCUCUCAGGGGCAGCCUUGCCCUCGUUAUCGUUGGCCGGUCUCGCUAUUCAGUGUGCACUUCCGCACAAGUCACUCUGUAUCGAGAGGAUUCGUUGAAGACACUGUCUGACCCCUUAUAAGGAGUAAUGGCUGAUAAUCGCGGCCGUGGAAGAGGGCGUGGCGGGUUCGACAGGGGAGGAAGAGGAGGUGGUGAUAGGGGUGGACGAGGUGGAGGGUUUGAUAGAGGCGGAAGAGGUGGGGGGUUUGACAGAGGCGGAAGAGGAGGUGGCCGGGGAGACUUCAGCGACAGAGGUAGGGGCGGCUUCCGCGGUGGAAGAGGUGGCCACGCCGUUGAUCCAUCUAAGUUUUUCGGGGAUGGAAACUAUCCCCAGCCGGAUCCUCAGGUUACCAAGGUCGAAGAUGAAACGGUUUCGAGCAUUACAACGGCACUCGCGAAGACAUCGCUCGAUGAUCGACUGCCUUCCCGGCCGGGUUAUGGCACCAGUGGCAGGCAUACCGUCAUGUGGGCGAAUUACUUCCACAUCAAGCUCACCGACCCCGACGUCGCCUAUUAUGACUAUAGCGUGGCAAUUCAGGAGGACAAUCAGCUGCCAAAGGCGAAAAAGAAGCGCCUCAUCCAACUGCUUCUUCAGCGCGAGCCCUUCGCUGGACAAGACUGUGCUACGGAUUGGGCUCAGCGGAUUAUAACACCCAAGAAACUGGCGCUCAAAGGCCAGCAGCAGGCAUUCAAGGUUGAAUGGUAUCCUGCUGGCGGCGAGCCUCUGCCGCAAGCUUCGCCUGGAGAGUCACCGCAGCGCACUGCCCUGCGGAGGAGGAGUACCUUCACUCUGCUUGUCGAGGAGCAACGCACAGUCUCCCUGUCUGAAUUGCAAAAAGAUCUUUCACAGCCAUCGGUAACGUAUCCGUUGAAGGCCGAGAUAAUCUCUGCAGCCAACAUCAUCAUGACAUUUGGGGCAUCGAGCGACCCAACCAUCUCCGUCGCCAAUCAAAACAAACUCUUUCCCUUUGGCAGUCACCCCAAGUCCGUGCUCCAAAACUUGGGUGGUGGGUUCGACGCUUAUAGGGGAUACUUCUGCAGCGUGCGUACCGGUCCAAACCGCCUCAUUUUGAACGUCAAUGUGGCGACAUCAGCGUUCUACAAGGGCGGCCCUUUGAUGGGUAUGCUGAGAGAGAUCGGUUGGCCCCCGUCGAAUGGCACUGUUUGGAAAAAGGUGAACAACUUCGUCAAAAAGCUUCGAGUGGAGACGAAUUAUCUCCCCGCAAAGGGGGCAGCAGGCAAGGCAAAGGCUGGAGGGACGAGGCGCAGACAGCACGUGAUUACCAAUCUUUCCCCCUUUGGAGCCAAUGCCGAAACAGUGAAGUUCACCGCUGAUGACGGCAAAGAAAUCUCCGUCCGUGAGCAUUUCAGAAAAACUUAUAACAUUCAGUUGCAAGAUCCUCGGGCCCCGCUGAUCAACUACGGGACCGAUGACAAGAAACCAAAGUGGAUUCCUGCGGAGCUCUGCACUGUCCUCCCAGGCCAACCGGCGAGGCGAAUGCUGUUUGGGGACCAAACUGCAAAAUUGAUCACAUUCGCUGCACGUCGGCCGAUCGAAAACGCAGAAUCCAUUGCCAAAGAUGGCCUCGCCGUUCCGAAGCUAAUGGGUGUCGACACCCACUUGAAAAAGUUUGGUCUCCAGGUGGAUCCGAAGCUGAUCACCGUUAAAGCUCGCAUUCUCUCCCCCCCAACUUUGCACUAUCGGACGAAAACCCUGGACCCGAGCAAUGGAGCCUGGAACCUGGAUACUCGCCAGCUUGGGCAAAAACCCUUUAUGCGUGCCGUGUCAUUGCCAUCAUGGCAAUGUCUAAUCAUCGAUUCUGGAAAUUACGAGACCAUCAGAGGUGGGCCUGCUGCGGCGAAGGCUCUCCUGCAACAGUUCAGGGCCUGCCUGGACACCUAUGGGAUGGCACCAGGACCGGUUCCAGAGCCUGCGUAUGUUAACAUCGCUCCAGCGGAGGUUAUCUCUCGCAAUGCCGAAGCCAUCCAAAGCAAGAUCCUGGCCGCUCUGAAAGCGACAUACAAGCGAGAUCCUAAUUUCCUGUGGAUUCUGCUUCCCAACACCGAAGCCUUUGUUUAUGAUCUGAUCAAGUACACAUUCGAUGUUGAGAAAGGAAUUCCCACCCUGUGCAGUAUUGGACAGAAGGCAGCAAAAGGCCAAAUACAAUAUCUUGCCAAUCUAGCUUUGAAGAUCAACACGAAACUGGGAGGAGUCAACCACUCGCUCAAGCUGGAGCAGUUCAAGCCGCUGGACGCAUCGACCAUCGUGUUCGGUAUCGAUGUCACGCAUCCCUCACCAGGGAGUCAUGAGAAGUCGCCGAGCAUUGCAGGAGUCGUUGCCAGCACCGACGCCACAUUCUCGCAGUAUCCCGGCAGUGUCCGAACGCAGAAAGGCAGAGAGGAGAUGGUACUGGGCCUCCAAGAGAUGAUCAAGGAGCGUAUCGAGCUCUGGCGGCAGCGCAACCAGGGCCGCCUCCCGAAAAAGGUCGUCAUUUACCGCGACGGUGUAUCCGAAGGGCAAUACAAUCUUGUGCUCGAGCAGGAGUAUCCUGCCUUCGUCGCAGCGUUCAAGGAACUCUACGGAGCUGAGAAGAAUCACCCCAGGGUGGCCAUCAUCGUCGUUGGGAAACGUCACCACACUCGGUUCUAUCCAACGAAGAUGGAGGAUUCGGACAAGAAGACGGGCAAUGUGCAGCCCGGGACCGUUGUCGACAGUGGUGUUACAGGCGAGAAGAUGUUUGACUUCUUCCUCGUUGCACAUCAGGGCUUGCAGGGCACGUCGAAACCCGCGCACUAUGUCAUCAUCAAGGAUGAAAUCAAAUUCGGUGCAGAUGAGCUCCAGAAAAUGACGAAUAAUUUCUGCCACACGUUUGCGCGCGCCACGCGAGCCGUCAGUCUGUGCCCGCCGGCGUACUAUGCGGAUUUGAUCUGCGAGCGGGGCCGAUGCUACUUGCAUAAUAUUCUAAAGGGAGGGGAUGCCUCUGUGGAGUUUAACCCUAAGGCCCACUGGUCGGGCGGAGUGAAUGAGGCGCUCAAGAACACCAUGUUCUACCUCUGAGGAUUACGCAUGUCGCCUCGAUCUAGCAUUGAUAGAGCCGAAGGAGUCUGUGGCAGUGGGUUUCGAGCUGGAUGAAGAGCCAGUAGCGACUGAUAUAGCACCAUGUCAAGGAGACGGAAUUGGGAUAGAUAGUAUACACUCGCUUGGGCUGAUGGGGAAUAACCUGCGAUGGUGAAAUAUGCUCUUCUUGAAUCCAAAACAUCUUGAUAUCAUCAUUAGCAUCUGUCCACUGAG